CAAAGAGUCUUGCAUGCUCAUGUCCCGCAGAAUCAGAGACGCGACAGAAGCCGAUAAGAAGCGUGGUUUUAUCAACUCUCCUUUUGAAAGUAGCCGUGGGAUAAAAAAAGCAUUUUAUCACAUCAGUUUUUCUCUUACGUUGGACGCGUAUUUGGAUAUAUCCCGCGUGAUAGAACGCGGUAUUGUCAGUUGUCCCAACCGAAAUCGUGGAGUUUAUUCACUCGGAUCAGCCCGUUUCCUGCGACUAGACAGUCUCCAUCUGUCCCAUCUGCACGACAGGACGGUGGACAUCACUGGACUUUUACGGAUAGAAACUGGACGACACGCCGUGAUUUGAAUGCCUUUGCAGGGGCUUGGCUGGCUUGUGUGCUGCAGACAAGGCUUCAGUUUGCUGGCUCGGGAUCAUGGGGAGAAAGAGGAGGAAGAGUCUUUUGAGUUACGCAAUCCGGACGAGCACACACACACGGGACGGGGGCAACUAGAGGUCACUCUGUCUCAGCCCACUUGCACAGCCAACGGCACACCCUGUCUGUCAGGAGUUCCUGAGGAGAAGAGAAGUCUCAUCACACAGAAGAGCAAGAUGACAAUGGAUGAAGACCCUGAGGUGCUUGUGAAGGGCUGGCUCCUGCGGGAGGUGCAGGGAGGUUGGCUCCGGCAGAGGAGGUUCUGGUUUGUGUUGACAACAGACUCUCUUGACUACUACAGCGGCCCGGAGAGUGAUGCUCGCAGACUGGGCACGCUAGUACUCACAUCCCUCUGUUCAGUGCUGUGGCCGGAUAAACACACCUACAAACAGACAGGUUACUGGAGUCUGACAGUGUAUGGCCGCAAACAUUGCUACAGACUCUUCACAAAGCACUACAAUGAGGCGGUGCACUGGGCGUGUGCUGUACAGAAAGUCAUAGACAGCAAAGCGCCAGUUGAGACGCCAACACUGCUCCUCAUACGAGACAUUGAGGAGAAUAAAUUCAAUCCAGAGGUUGUGGAGCACAUCUAUGAGCAUAAUCCCAUCCUGAGGUACACGCAGAGCCCCCUCUACGCCCCACUGUUGCCUUUCCCCUAUGGCAGCCUCCACCACACACAUAUGGCAAGUAAAGGCUACACAUCCAUCCGUGAAGAGGCGGUGAGGCUUUUUAACUGCCUCCAGCAGUUAGAGUCGGCCCGUGAGCCCAUUCCUCUCAUACAGGGGAUCCUCCAGACCUGCCUCGACCUCCGGCCACUCCGAGAUGAACUCUACUGCCAGCUUAUCAAACAGACCAGCGUUACCAACUUACGUGUCCAGACGCAGACACAGACACAGCUGAAUCCACAGCUCAGAUACUGGCAGCUGCUCACCUGCAUGAGCUGCACCUUCCUGCCCAGCUGCAGCAUACUCCGAUACCUGCGCUUUCACCUGAAGAGGGUUCAGAGUUUGAGUGUGGACUCGGAGGUGGAGAGCUACGCGUCCUUCAUAGCCCAGGCUCUGGAGAAGACGCGCGGCCGUGAGUGUGUGCCCUCAUGGGAGGAGAUCCAGGGGCUGAUGGGAAGGCAGGAGAUACUGUGUACUGUGCACUACCCUGGACCGGGCUGCUGCCAGAUACCGAUCACCUCACACACCACGGCUAAUGAGGUCGUGAGGAAGAUGGCGGAACGCCUCGGGCUGCAGGACAGCCGAAACACAUUUGCUCUUUUUGAGCAGAACUCGUGCUGGGAAAAAGCUAUCGGAGGCAGCACCAUAAUCGCAGAUGUCAUCACCAGAUUUGAAAAUUUGUCAGCUAAAGAUCCAGACACUGACAGCCAGUGCCGACUCUGCUUUAAACUGUAUUGUCUCCUGGACACCGACAACAUCAGUACAGACAGCAUUGAGUACCUCUUCCUGUAUGAGCAGUGUCAUGAGAUGGUGGUGCGGGGGCAGCUGCCAGCCUGUGAGGACGACCUUCUUUCCCUGGCAGCGUUGAGACUGCAGUGUCUACUGGGAGAUUUCAGUGCCCUCUCACCAUACCCACCCUUGGAGCAGCUCUUUCCAGCUGAAGUGGUGGAGGCCCGGGCCCUACUGGCCCCUGUUGAUCCCCCUGGCUGUCCUUCAUUCCCCGGGGGUCUGCUGGCUGGGACGCUGUGGGGACACAAGCGGCGUCAGGAACAGGACCAAAGACUGCGGGCCAGACUAAGGGAAGAGGGAGCCGUGGUGAUGUCGGCCAUUUUGGAGCGCUGGAAAGCCCUGGCAGGAUACAGUCGCAGAGACAGCAUGGCCGCCUAUCUCACCAUCGCCCGGCAGUGGUCGGGGUUUGGCUGCACGCUCUAUGAAGUGGACUUUUACAUAAGCUCGACAGGAAGCUUCUCUCAGAAGUUGUGGCUGGGCGUGGCGGCUUCCUGUGUGUCUCUGUAUCGUCAGGGUGAGGCUGAAGCGUUGGAGUCUCUGCCGAUUGGUCAGAUCUGUUCCUAUGGCGUCUCUGAUAGCAACACAUUCAGGAUCACUGCAGGAGACAGAGAUCUGCUCUUCGAGACCUCCAAGCUGACUGAGAUCAUGCAGCUGAUGAAUGCUUACUUCAGUGCCACCCGUCGCCAGCUAGGCAAGGAUGACUGCAUCUCCAUGGAGACAAACCCUAAGCUCCACCCCUCCCUACUUGAGCUCCCCUCUCACCCGGUGUGAAGAGAGAAGGACUCGCUCGCACACACACACACAUACACACACACACACAGACUCUGACUGAUGCACACGUGCAUAUGCAGUCCUGACCGAAUGCUUCCCUGUGAGGAGCUUUUGCAAAGAGUACAAACUCAGAUGAGACUGAAAGGAGCAGAUGCUGUGGAAAUAGAGGAGGAGUGGAAGGUGUCCAGGGAGCCACAAACAGGAGAGCAGGUUCAGGAACUCACUUGCUACACCGCCAGCCAAAUUCAGAAAGGACACGGGGCCCUCAACCAGCCCCUGCCACCUGGGAGCCCGCCAAAUAUCACAGAGAGCAUAAAAGCCUGACUUCAGAGUGCAAAAAUCGUUUUCUUAAGCAGUAUUUUUGCCUUGUUUUUUUUUAAUAUUUAAACAUCCUUAAAACAACAUUAAUUUAUUUUUACUUGCUUUGAAAAAUGUUUAUACAUUUAAUUUUCCUUAAUUAAAUGUCAAUUCAUUCAUCAAUCAUCAGUUGAAUUCAUCAAGUAUUAAGACUAACUUUUCAGGAAGUUUCUUUUUCUUAUUUUUGCAUAAAUUUACCUUGUUUAAAGGAUGUUUCUGUUUUGUUUUUAUUAGAAAACAUGACAAAAAUAUUUUUUGAAUUUUUUGCAGUGAUGUCUUAGUAUUUCACUAAAGGAAGACAACACAAACACAUAAAAACUCACUCAGCUUUAAACUUUCCUUUCCAGACUCCUGCCUGGAUCGCCAUUAAACUCAUUCAUCGAACCGUACCUGACCUUGAAAUGAAAGCAGGUGCAAGUCACUUUCACGUCGACCUUCAGAACUGUCCAAUACUGAAGCGACGGUGGUGCGUGUGUGCGUGAGAGACAGAUUUGAACAUUUUAAGCUGUAGAAGCCAAAGGAUCUUUAGCUCGUCUGUAUGAUGUGAGUGUAUUUUGUGAAAUGUUUGAGCCCGACCUGGUGCUGCUUGACUGUGCUGUUAGCUUACAGUAACUCUGCACUGUGCGUCCUGUAGCCACAACAGCCUCAGAUCUUUACAUCCGGUUAAAACCAACUAACUUAGACAUAACCGUAUGCAGCCUGGUACCUGUGAAGGUAAAUGACAUUUUCACAUUUUCAAAAAAAAAAGACAAUUUUGGUUCAAACCAAGCUUCCCAGACCUCUCAAACACGUUUUCAAACACUGAAGAUAGACAAAUAAUCAACACUAUUGAUAUGCAACAUUGUCAUCAUGUAUUCUAAAGAUAGUACAUUUCCAUUUAAGGGAUAGUUUACCCAAAAAUGAAAAUUUAGUUAUCAUUUACUAACCCGUUUUUCAUCUUGCUGAACACAAAAGAAGAUAUAUUUCUGGUAUUUUCAUAUUAUGAAAGUAAAUAGGGUCCAAAACAGCAUUACUUUGGACUCCAUUGACUUUUAUUGUAAAUAAAUAAAUAAAUAAAUAUAUAUAUAUAUUCUUCUAUGUUCCACACAAUAAAGAAAGUCAUAAAGGUUUGGAACAACAUGAAAGUACGUAAAUGAUGAGCUUUGAGCGUAAAUUGUAGCCUCUGUCAGUUGUGCUUUUGUUAUGAAGCCUUAUGCCGGCUUUUUUUUUUUUUAUCUGCUGGGAGUUAAUAUUGUCCUUCUUUAAUGUGUGUUACUUUUCUCUAGUUUUAUUUAUGGCUGUCUGUUGUAUACAUUGUGUGGAAGUUACUUUUUAUUGUCCUUUUUACUUUUGUUUUAUAUAUCUUUCAUAAAGACCUGUAUUUGUAUUUUAGUGCUUGCAUUUAAAUAAUUACAAAAGAGCAGAUGACGUCAUAGUUAAAAUAUGUCAUAAUGUUUAUUUACUGUUUUGAUAAUUUAUCAUUUAUUUCCCCCCCGUCGCGAGAGGUCUACAUAUGGCAAGUGAUCCGUUUUUGUAUAUCCAGUAGGAUUAUUGACAUUUUGUCAUAACUAAAAAA